UUCGCCCAAAAUGGCAUGCUUUCGCCUACCGGCAGGUGCCACACAUUUGAUAUUUCAGGAGACGGAUAUGCUCGCGGCGAGAGCUGUAUAGCAAUGUUUCUUGCCACAAAGUCUCGAGACGCUCCUGAUCCCUCAAUUCUUGCAACAGCUGUGCAGUGUGACGGUCCCAGCGCAAGUCUCACUGCGCCCAAUGGCCAAGCACAGAGGUGA